AUGAUCGGCCUCAGGAGAGUUGAGGUCGGCCAACUCAACUACAAAGUUUUAGCUCGGCAGUGGUCGGGGAUAGACCGGUUAAGUGCAGUUAAAGAGAAAAAAAUGAACUACAAGUGUGAGAGCCCAAAUCUGGAGUUGAAACUGAAAUUGUCUCCUCCAAGGGACCACCGGCGGGCCCUGUCUCCAAAUGGGCCGGACUCUUCAGCCGAGAUAUCGCCAAGAAGCUCGUGUGUGUCCUGUGAGGAAAGCCCAGUGAGCCCAGUUUCCAGAUCCAUGAUGCUCGUGGGCUGCCCAAGGUGCCUAAUGUAUGUUAUGCUGUUUGAGGAGGACCCAAAAUGCCCCAAAUGCAAGAGCACUGUUUUGCUUGAAUUUAUGCAUGAUAGGACAAGGAGAGUAUCACUCAAGAAGUGAAAAGUCAUUAAUAGCAUGCAGAAAAUGUUGUACUAAUUAUGUAUUGAAAUCUUGAUUUUGCUUAACUUGGAUUUUUCUUUUUUUGUUUUGGGAUAAUUACGAAAUGACCAUAAUGUUAAUAAUAAUAAUAAUAAU